AUGAAUCAAUUCACAAAUCAAAUUAUUGGCGUCCAACUACAAAAUAAUAAUGGCCAGCUACAAAGACCACAGAAUAUUAGUGGACCACAAAAUGCUAAUGGCCAGCUUCAAAGAACCACAAAUAUUGGUAUGCCGCCUAUGAGACCUCAGAACACUGCAAAUCCAGUCACCGGUAUUUUUACUUCCUUUCAACAAUAUGCUGACUUAACUAACGGCUCAGAUCCAUUCUCUAGAACGCAAGGUGUAGCGUUACAGAGCACCCGAUUUUCAAC